UAUAUUUUGUAACAUUUAAAACAGAUCAUUUAAGGUGGAACGGGAGGAUCCAAACAAGAAGCUGGCGAGCAUUGUUUCGCGUGUUUUACAGGCGGGUGGCGCCACCUUGUGGUAGUUUACCGAAAGCGCUCUCGGUUUGAAAACCGAAAGUGAUCUGUUGUGAGUGAAGACCAGGAAAACGGAUCUGCACACAUUUCAGGACGCAUAUCUGGUUUUGCUGUUUGCCUCUGAGAAAUGAGUUUUCUUCAGCAGGAAGUGGAGUUGAAAAAAUGCGUAAGGCGACUGAGGGAGACGUUCCAUGGGAAGAUUCCGGUGGACAAAGCGACCAUACUCAUGCGUCGCUAUGGAAAUGAUCACCGAAUGGUCGCCAUGGAGGUCAUCUUGAUGAAAGACAGAGACUUGGAUGAAGAGGACAAAUGGUCUCUAAACAAUGACCCAGUUGUUAGGAAUGUGGUUCAGAAACUGCAAGCUGAGGAAAGAGAACAGGGUGAAAGGGAAGCGAGGUCUUCAGGAGCCAGUGAUGACUCUGGACGCUCUGAUAAAUCUAAAACAAACAAAGGGCCAAAGGAGGACAGGGACAUACAGGAGCUUGGAAAGCGUCUUCGGGUCCUGCCUCUGACCGAGAAGAACAAACGCAUGUUUGAUCAGGCACAGAAGAAUCUAAUGCCUUCCGCCAACCAUCAGUUUGCCUGCCAGAUGUGUGACCAGGUGUGGUGGCGACGAGUGCCGCAGAGAAAAAGGGUGUCUCGCUGCCAUCGAUGCAAAAAGAAAUUUGACCCAGUGCCACCGGACAAAAUGUGGGGCAUUGCAGAGUUCUUCUGCCCAAACUGCUCUCGAUCUUUCAGGGGGUUUGGCCGAAUGGACCUGGGCUCUCCCUGUUACGGCUGUCGGUACAUUAUAACGCCAACGCAAAUCCUGCCCCCACGCAGAAGGACGAUGGACCAAGGCCCUAGAAGAAGACAGCACAGCUGCCUGGCAGAGGACUGCUACAACAGACAGGAGCCCCAUGUGCCUGGGACAGAAUGUGUCCACCCUCGCAGCAGGCAGAGGAACAGGAAGCCACAGGUGGUCAACCCCAGCACGGCCCACAUCAGCAGCGGCUCCACGGUCGACACUUGCCUGAGCCAGGGCAGCCUGGUGGAGCAGGUGUUUGAUCUCAUCAUGGAAGACAUCCGCGAGGAAGAGAGCCAAGAGGAGUCGGACAGCAGCGGCAGCGGGCACAGCGUGAGCAGCUGAAGCAAUUGCGUCCGCGGCUCCGACAGGCCAAAGUUGCAUUCAAAAAGAAUGCUUGGUUUCUGAUGGUAAAUGUGUUCUAGCCUGAGGGAACCUCUCAGCUGUCUUAACCCAAAACACUGUGCAUUUCCUUUUAAACCAUAUAAGGAUGAUGCACAGUGCUUUGCUCUUGGAGAAACAGUGACUUCUCCAGAAUUUUCAGGAAUCUGCAGCAUAUUUGUAUUUCAAUUUGCAUAAAAUUGUUUUGUAUACUUGUAAUUGGGUAGCUACACUGAUCAUUUAUAAACUGUUCAUUCCAGGGACAGUUUAGCUGAAGGACUGUGUUGCAUCUUGUGUUGCAUUGCCAAGGAAAAGCGAUUUCAAAUCAACGUAAUUUAAAAGUUGUAACAAACCUACACUGUAGCGGAGAGUGGAGCACAGCCUAACACAUUUUAUUUAUUGCUAAAUAAUUAUAAAUGUAUUUUAAACAAUCACUUUUACAAACAACUUGCGCAUCUCUGUAACAGUUGUAAAAGCACCUACUGUGAAUAACUGGUCUGAAGGUGGUAACAGUCACAAAACUCUGGUAAAUGGAUGCAAACGCUUAAUUCAAUUAUAGGGAUACAGCAAUAUGACAAUUGUGUGAUAUUCAAUAUUUUUGUGUGUAUAUCUCAGGGCUUGGCAACUCAUGUUCCUUUUCAACAAAAAAAAACAAACUACCUUGGGAGCCACAACAUUUCAUGUCCAUUUUAUUGAAGCAAUUUUUUACCAUCCUGGUUGUAAAUGUGUCUCAGUAUGUGCUGAUGUACGAGUACAGGCUAAAAUUACGAUAUAAACAAAUACACAGACUUACUUUGCUCAGCUUUAAGCUUUAGCUCAGCUAUAUCCACUCUUCUCACAUCUCUGGCAGUAAUUUUUUUAGAGGCUGAACUCAGCUUCUCAUUCUCCAGCUU